CAGUAAAGGAGAGAAUUUGACUUCUGAUAAUGAAGAGACACAUAAAGAUGCGAAGGGCUACAGCGUGAAACACAGGAUCACUGUGCAUGAGUCAGUGUAGAGUCAAACUGAGACAUCAUAUGGUGCAAACUGACAUUAUUGUCUCAAGUAAAAUAUUUCACAUCUGGAGAACAUCAGUCAUUUGCAUGUCAAUAACAGUUGUUCUCAGCAUCAUUACUGCAGUUGCAGUUGCUACUUUUGUUUACAUAAGAAGAGUUCGCUAUUUGAGGAGGAUUCAAAAAGAGUUCACAAAGACAAUGAAAUAUGCAGCGGAUGUGACACUGGAUCCAGAUACAGCUCAUAAGUGUCUCAUCUUGUCUGAAGAUGGGAAACAAGUGCGACGUGGAGAAAAAAAACAGAAUGUCCCAGACAACCCUGAGAGGUUUGAUAAAUGUGGGAAUGUCCUGGGAAAGCAGGGAUUCUCCUCUGGAAGGUUUUAUUUUGAGGUGCAGGUGAAGGGGAAGACUAAUUGGGAUGUAGGAGUGGCCAGAAAAUCCAUUACCAGAAAGGGGAAGAUCACACUGAGUCCUCAGAAUGGUUACUGGACAGUGCGGUUGAGAAAUGGGAACCAGUAUAGUGCCUGUGCUGGACCCACUGUCUCUCUCUCCCUGAAAGUCAAGCCUCAGAAGUUGGGUGUGUUUGUGGAUUAUGAGGAAGGCUUGGUCUCUUUUUCUGAUGUGGAGUCCAGGUCUCAUAUCUACUCUUUCUCCGAUCAGUGGUUCACUGAGGAUCUCUAUCCGAUCUUAAACCCAUGUACAAACAUUAAAAGCAAAUACUCUGCCCCACUGAUCAUCUCAUCUGUUAAUUUCAAUGAGUGA